AUGUAUCGCCAGAUACUGGUAGCACCCAAGGACCGGGACUGCCUACGUUUUCUGUGGCGCAGCGACUCUGCAGAAGACGUACAGGAAUGGCGCUUAACCCGCGUAGUGUUUGGGAUGGCUCCAGCUCCUUAUUUGGCGUUGCGUACGAUUCAGAAAGUAAUUCAAGAUUAUGGUACGUCCUUUCCGUUGGCAGCAGAAGCACUGUCACAUGAAACAUAUGUUGACGAUAUUCUCACUGGAGCUGAUACGCUCGAAGAAGCUGUAGAGAAGAAAAAACAAUUAAUAUCGUUAUUGAAGUGCGGUCAAUUUGAGUUGCAUGAAUGGAUGGCAAAUAAUGAAGCUUUAGUAUCAGAAGAGAACACCGAGGGACAACGGUCCAUACUAUCACAUCAGGAUAUCAUUGAUGAAGUGCAUCUGGAAGAGAAAAGCGUUCAAACGACGAAUAUUAUCGUUACACAAGAUCAAGAGAACGAUUUGGAGGUGCGACAUUCUUCACUGACACGGCUUUUGCGAAUUACGGCAUAUUAUCUAAGAUUUAUUAGAGGUAUGAAGGUUGGAUUUUCUCAACCCGAAGUAACAAAGGAACUGCACGCCAAGGAGAUUCAAGAAGCUUUGAAGACAUGGAUCAAGGUUAUUCAAGAGAGAGCAUUUUCUGCGGAGAAAUCAUGUAUCGAAUUAGGGAAACCAAUACCGCCAAGAAGCAGCAUAAUUAGCCUGAACCCCUUCUUAGAUGAAGACGGUUUAUUAAGAGUAGGAGGUAGAUUAAGGAAUUCAACGUUGCCGACGCAGCAGAAGCAUCCAAUAGUUUUGCCACGAAGCGGGCAUAUAAUUACUUUAAUGAUCAGAGAAACACAUGAACAUACUCUACAUGGUGGCGGUACACUUAUAUUGAGCAUCUUGAGAAGGAGAUAUUGGAUAUUGCGAGCACGUAACGCUGUGAGAAGCUGUAUUCGACAGUGCGUCGUAUGUAGGAGAUACCAACACCCUGAAGCAACACAAUUGAUGGGAGACUUACCUGCAGCACGAGUUCAAGGCUCACGUCCGUUCACGCAUACAGGUGUAGAUUAUUGCGGACCAUUUGAUAUUAACCUACGAGACAAGAAUCGGCAAUUAAAAAGGGCGUAUGUUGCAAUAUUCGUGUGCUUUGCAACUAAAGCUGUGCACUUAGAAGUAGUCAUGGAUCUGUCAUUAGAGGCGUUCAUUGGUGCGUUCCGGCGUUUCACAGCAAGGAGAGGACUAUGUACUGAUCUAUAUAGUGAUCGUGGGACAAACUUCGUUGGAGCGGAUCAGCAGUUACAGUAUGAACAUAAAAUUUUCUGCAAACAGAUUCAGCCAGCACUGACCAAAGAGCUUAUGGCAAGAGGAAUUACUUGGCAUUUCAAUCCGCCAUCGGCACCCCACUUUGGUGGUUUAUGGGAAGCUGGAGUCAAAUCGUUUAAAUAUCACCUACGCAGAGUAAUGGGAAGAGCUCUGCUCGGUAUAGAUGAGUUCCAAACUGCGGUAACACAAAUAGAGGGAUGUUUAAAUUCUAGGCCUCUGACACCAAUGUCUGAUAAUCCGGAGGACGUUGACGUCCUGACUCCUGGACAUUUCAUUAUGGCAGGACCUCCAUUAGUACAACCGGAACCAACCUUACUACACUUAUCACCAGGAAGAUUGGCUCGAUGGCAGCUGGUACAGCGCUUGGUUCAAGGAUUUUGGAGAAGAUGGUCAUCAGAAUAUCUAAGUGGCUUACAACAAAAGCAAAAGUGGCGUACGAAGCAGGAGAACAUGAAACUAAAUAAUUUAGUUUUGAUCAAGGAACCAAAUUUACCACCAGCACGAUGGAGGCUCGCGAGCAUCAUCAAUUUGCAUCCUGGAGCAGACGGUUUGGUGCGAGUGCUCACAUUGCAAAUAGCAACGUCGGUAAUUCAGAGACCGAUAGUGCAAGUUUGUCCGUUGUUAGCAGAAUAG